CUACUUCCGUUCGGAGUAUUGAGGAUAUCACAUCAUCUGACAUGCAUGACAUGUCUGACAUCUCAUUUUCAACAACAAAUGAGGGAUGACUCGAAUAACCAAAUUUGUGGAUGCAUUUUGGGGCACAGACUUCUGUAGCACAGCCGGAUUUGAUGUGCUUCAUAAACGAGUGAAGGAAGGUCGACAAGUCUGUAAAGACCUAGAAGAAUUUCUCAAGCAGAGAGCUAAGAUUGAGGAAGAUUAUGGAAAGGCUCUGUUGAAACUGUCACACACAACUGGAGGCAAGGUUGAGAUUGGGACUUCGAGAUCAUCAUGGGAGAAUUUAAAACAACAGAUGGAGCGAGUAUCACAGGUUCAUAUUAACUUGGGUAUGACUAUCAUGGAGCAAGUCACUCGAGUCAACAGUCUUGUCGAGAAACAUAAGGAAAAGAGGAAAUUGAUUGAAGAAACUCUAAAGAAGUACCAAUCUGCAAAGAAGUCACUGUAUAGAAAAACUCAAGAUCUCAAGAAAAUGUACGAGUCAAAAUGUGGAGAUGCAGAUCUGGCUGAGAAGUUGGUGAAAAGUUCGAGUACCUUACCCCAGAAGGAAUUAGAUAAGCUGUCUGCAAAGCAACAAAAAACAAGACAAGAGGCUGACAAACAAGAUGCGGCAUACAAGACUUCAGUAACAAACCUAGAGGCAGCACGAGUACAGUGGGAGAGAAGUAUGACUCAAGCUUGUGAGGUGUAUCAAGCUUCUGAGGAGGAGAGGAUGCAGUUUAUUAGGAAUGAGCUCUGGUUCCAUUUGAAUCUGGCUUCCCAAGCAAGUGUGGAUGACGAUGAAGCCUGGGAAAGCGUUCGGAUGACAUUGGAGAAUUGUCAACUGGAUCAGGAUUUGGUAGAGUUCAUUGACAAUAAUAAAACUGGCUCAGAAAGACCUGCUGCAGUAUUAUAUGAAGACUUUUACGACUCAUCACGCUCAAGUAGCGACUCCAGUGCUAAGGCUGGCUCCAAGUCUACCUUCACUCAUGCCUUUCAGAAUGUUGGCUCAAAAUUCACUAAGGGUCACAGGAGAAAGGAUUCCUAUGGCAUCACUCCAGAAGUUCUUGAUGAAGGACUGUAUUCACAAGUUGGUGACAUUUCCCCUAAAUAAACUGCUGUCUGAAGUUCCUUGUGUUCUGGUGGCAAAGUGUAGGGAUGGGGCCUCCUUUGUUAUUUCUAGUAUUCUUGCAUUGUAUUUAUUCUUGAUAGUAUAUGUUGUGAAAUUUACCCAACACUUGUAUGCCCUAUAAUAAAUGUUCGUGUGUGGAAAUGA